UCUGUGUUGGGAACCACUCUUAACCCUCCACACGCAUCGCUCCAGUCCGGCCCUUUUAGACCCUCCCUUUCAACCUCUCCCUCCUUGGGGACAAGACUGCUCACAAGGGCACCUGCAUGAUAGGAAGGGUUUCACUUGACUCUCUCCUCUGUUUCUGGGUUGCCAGCAGUUUUUACCCUCUCACACACUGCUCAGUCUCCUGCUGUAGCCCAGAAAGAGACCAAUGCAAUAAGUCAGCCUUUCUCCCAGAAUAUUUACUAUCCAUGGUAUUCGCCUGCAUUCAGGACACGGUGGCCAAGUAUGCCAGGGCACGGCACCCCCAUGAGCUACCCCAGCAAUGGGGCAGUCUUCGGGAACAUGCUCACCAGCCCUGGUGGAAUCCCUGCCUUCAAAUUCCAGUCCCGCCGCGACAGUAUUGAUUGGAGGCGGUUUAGUGCCAUUGAUGUGGAACGAGUGGCCCGGGAGCUGGACGUGACCACGCUGCAGGAGAGUAUCAACAGCGUCACUUUUUGCAACCUUGAUUCAGAGAAGUGCCCAUAUUGCCAGCAGCCGGUAGACCCAGUCCUCUUAAAGGUCUUUAAAAUGGCACAGCUAACCAUUGAGUACUUGCUGCACUCCCAGGAGUACCUGAGUGCCAGCCUGGCACUGCAGGAGGAGCAGCUCCAGUCAGCGAUGGAGGAGAUCAAGCUCACCAAGCAGGAGGUGGAGAAGCAGGCAGAGGAAAUGAGGGGAGUCAAGGAGGAGAGCAGGAGGCGGAAGAAGAUGCUCGCCACCCAGCAGCUUCUCUUGCAGGCUGGGGCCAAUAACUACCACAAGUGUCACCUGUGUGACAAGGCCUUCAUGAACUACUCCUUCCUCCAAGCCCAUGUUCAGCGCAGACACGUCGAGGCCAGUGAAGCUGAGAGGCAGAAGAAGAAGCAGGUGGAGCAAAUGGAGGAGGAGAUUGAAGAGCUGAAGGUGAGGCUGAAAGAGACCCGUGCCCAGUUGGAGGCUGAAAGGGAGGUUGAGAAUCAACGAAGGGCUCAGGAAGCAGAGAAAGUUCGCCAGAGAGAAGAGGAGGGAAAGAGAGAAUUUGAGAGAUGGAAAGAGGAGGAGAGGACCAAGUUUCAGAAGGAAAUGGAUGGCCUGAGGCAAUUGUUCCUCACAGAGUUCAAGGACAUUGCUAGCAAGAACUCUGCCUUAGAAGAGAAACUGCAGGAGCUGCAGGCCAAAAACAUGGUGACAUCCAACCUGGGGACCCUGCAGGAUGAGGACACUGAUGGCAAGCGGCAGUGGGCAAUGACCCAGAGAGAGCUCCAGGGCAUGAAGGAAAAGAUAGACCUGCAGAAAGCAGAAUGGAAGAGGAAGCUGAAGGAGCUGCAGCAGGAGCACCAGGUGGAGAAGGAGGAGUUGAAGAUUGAGAACGAGAGACUCCAGGCCUCCCUGUCUCAGGACCAGAGGCUAGCUACCAGCCACUUCCAGCAGCAAAAGGACUUGCUCAGUGCUCGGCUCAAAGAGCAGGCCAGGAUCAUCCAGGCACAGGAGAAAACGAUCAAGAUGCUAUUGGCAAGGAAAGUUGAAGUAACCCAGGAAGUGACCAACGUAGAAGCACAAGAACAAUCCUCUGAAGAAGAGCUGGAGGAUACUCUGGAUAGGAAGCAGAGGCUCCUGGAAGCCCUAAGGAGGAAUCCAAACCUACUAAAGCAGUUUCGCCCCAUUCUGGAGGACAUGCUGGAGGAGAAGCUUGAGAACAUGGGUGUGAGGAGGGCUGCAAAGGGGAUUCCAGCUCAGACCUAUAAAACUCUGAGAGCUCUGGUAAGAACUCAACAGCAACAGAAGGCCAAGAAGUUUCCACAUCUCCUCAGCUUGAGGGAGAAGUUAAUCCAAGAUGUCACCCGGAAAGUCAAGCAGCGGCAGGAGGAGGACGAUACUUUGCUGGGGCAAGUCUCUGUAUUUUCAGUUAAAAGCCCAAAGAGUCCUGUGUCACCUCACCAGGUCACAUCUUCCAAACCCAGAAUGCUACCAGCUGAGUUACAAGCCAAUAUCUCAGAGACACCCAGUUUAACUCCUCGCAGCAAAGUCACUUACCCCCCCAGCUCAACAGAGACACCCAAAAUAACACCACGAAACAGAGCCAGGGGUCCCACCAGCCCCCACCGUGCUACCAUCCUACAAGCCAGCACCCCACCUUUUAGCUCUGAGGAGGAAUCUGUGGGGGACCACUCCAACCUUUCCCCAGUGAAGGUCAGGCAUCCCAUGAACAUGCAGCAAGUGCAGACCCCUUCCAGAAUGACACAUCAUGAUGCGAGUGAAUCAGACUGGUCUGAUAUAGAGUCCUCAGAAGAAAAAGCCAGUCCAGUGAUGGUUCUUUCAGCUGGAACAACUCCUUCAGGGACACGGGUGGCUGCAAUAGCGAAGAGCCUGGAGAGCACACUGAACAUGACAGCAAAGAAGCCAGCUGGUGGGGUGAAGCUCCUCCCAGCCCAGAGUACUGACUCUCCGAAAGCCAGUCACUUGGCCAAGAAGCUUCAGUUUGUAGAUGAGGACAGUGAUUUGGAGAUCUCCUCCUUUGAAGAAAUCACUGAACAUCUGGAUGCCACGAGUCAGACAAACAUACCACAGCAGCUGCCCCCUCAGGCUGCUGUGCGUCGCAGCAUGGAUUCAGCAGGAUCCCAGGCCACCAGCGUCUGGAGCUCCAGCAGCAUAAAGACUAGAGGCUGGUGAUCCCCUUCUCUUGAUGGGAGGUAGAAGGCAAAGUCUGCUGAGCCACGUUGUGGAGCUGACAAAGCAAAGCAACUGGUGGUAGAGCAAAAUGCUGACAUGGCUGGGGAUGGUUUUAGUUGGUCUAAUAAAAUUACCACAUCUAGCCAAAGAACUUUGUCUGGGAAUGGUUAGAAAAUUUUCUUUGAAAACAAGGAAGGGGAAAUCACCACUGGAGGGCUCCAUAACCCAACAAAUGUGCAGGGGCGGCACUUAGCCUGGACUUGGAGGCUGCUGGAAGCUCCACGGGUGUCAGCAAUAGUGGACACAGGGUUUAGAUUGGAUCAAGCAAGUACAUUAUCCAAAGCAAACUCUAGAGCUUAAUGGAGUCCUGUCAAAUAAGCACAGGGAGGCUGAUUCAGCACCUUGUGCUGUUAUUUGUAUGGGAAGAGUAACUUUUAUCCCAUCCAAACACUAGCAUUUUGCACCCUUGCUUUGGGCGUGUGUAAGAUAAGAAGCAAAGUGAAGCCCCACAGAGAAUCAGCCCAGUGGAGCCGUUAGCUGAAAAGCAUGGG